CUAAAUUGGAUAAGAAGACACCCGGCAAUUUUCUCGGGGGGAAAGGGGACAUGGACUGCGACUCAGAGCGAGUAUGGAAGAUAGUUGAUAACCAGCGGCACAACGUGCCGAGGAAGAAGCGAGCCCCAGGAGCCCCUCUCUCUCUGUUUGACCGACUCUACGACUGCUAUGUGGACUGCGUACAGAGACAGAACGACAAGAACUUUGACAAGAGGUUUUGUAACACCAGUAACUUGCUGCACCAGCUCCCACCUGGACACGUGCAGCCUUCGCUGGUGGUCAAUCUGUACUCUGAUGACAGGGGCUACUCACUCGUUCUCAAUCCUGAUGAACAAUGUGAAGAGAUAUGCCUGCCGUAUGAGGAUGAUGAGAUAUUCAGUUACCUAGACAACCAAGAGAUCCCUCCCGUCCUGACUGAAGUUCUGUCUGAGACAAGCUACUGUCACAUGCAUGGAGGUUGUGUGGUGUGCGAGGUUCGGAACCACCGAAACCCCGCCCCUUGCCCCACCCCCUCUGCACCUCAAUCUUACGACUCUCACCUCCUCAUGCUACGACCAACCACUGAGUCCAUUCUCCAGAUGGUGAACGAAAUUGCCAGUGAUACAGACUGUUCUCUGGUCGGUAUAUAUGCUCCUUUUGUGUACCUCCCCCGUUUCACUUAUCCUCUUUUCCUCUCUCCUCUCUCUUCUUUAUCUCCUCUCUCUUCCCCUCUCUCCUCUCUCUCCUCUCUCCUCUCUCUUCCCCUCUCUCCUCUCUUCCUCUCUCCUCUCCCCCCUCCCCGUCUGCAGGAAGACCAGCUGGCCCUGGAGAGCAAGCUACUGCUGGCCACCCAACCUCCCAUCUGUCUCGACCCCAGUACUGAAGUGGUGUGGGUCACCAACAGACUCCACUACAACAGACGCAAGUUCCACUCGCCCUCCACGAAGGGAUAUAGUAGACGGACGAGCGAAGACUCGCUUCGAGCGAGAAUCCACCUCUCCUCACUCCGCCCCGCCCCGCCCGAACUCCGCCUACACAACUUUCUGAAGGCCACCGACACUCCACUCAAGUGUCCACGACCCAAGUUCACUGACGAGUGGAAGAAAAAGAGAAGUCUUCCACCAAGUAUUUCUACCAGCUCCGUGGCACUCUAUAUCAAGGAGGGUACAGGAGCUGCGAGUGUCUCCUGAGACCCCGCCCACUCCGACCACGCCACAGCUGACCACACUCCCCUCAUGCACCACACACCUUGCUCCACCCAGAACGUGAAUGUCUUUGGCAGAAGAAGAGUUCCUAUCUCAAGAGCAAAGCACACUCCCACAACUUACUCUGUGCUGACCACACGCCCCUCACGUGACGGGGUGGUAAUAUUUUCAUUGUUCCCACUCCCACCCAUGCUCAGCCUCUCUUCCUCCUCCUCUCUUCACUCACAAACGCACACCCACCAUUAUCCAGGCAUUGGCCGCAGACAACAAACCAAAUUCGGUCCUACUCCAAUCCACUGUUGACCGAAACCCUCCCUCACUGUCUCCUCACUCGUUCUUCUCUCCGUUGGGAGAAACCACAACCACCAAUCAUCAUAAUCAUCAUCAACCCCCCACUGGUGUCGCUAUCAACAACCUACCUCCUCAUCCGCCCCCUCCCUCCAUCUUCUCUCCCUGCAUCAACAAAAACACGAGGGGGAAACGCCCAAUCCCUGCCAUCUCCACUCCUCCCGUUGCCAUGACGCCAGGAAAAAAACCCCAUCCCCAGAGCUUCCCACAGCUUGCAAUGAGGUCGUCAGUUGGGUCAUGCUACCGCAACGGAGACCAGAACCAUAUACAACACGGGUUGGGCUAUGUCACUAAUAUGUGUUGCAAUGUCAAUAAUGUAUGAGCCAAGGACACAUUGGGGAUGGGAACAUUCGUGAGUGGUGACCAUUUUGCACACAUCGCAGUGUCCUGAGUGUGGGUGUGCAUCAGGGGAGCGUGGACAGCUGACUCGCCCAACCUCGCCGAUUCUCGCACCUUCCACCCUCUCAGCCUCCGCCCAGCAUGCACGCUCCGUUGGUGAUGCCAAAGUUACGACACAGACUGACCACUCCCUCAUUCUCCUCUCCUCUCGUGGCCCCGCCUCCCUUGCGGCGCCACCUCAAUGCCGCUCCUGAAUGACCUCUGUCGCUGGAGAAGUGCUACUCAUCUUCAUGACACCCAGAACAGCACCAAAAGCACUGCCAAAACUGAGAAGACUCUAGUCCUUGCCAUAGCUAGUGUUGUAGUGGAAUUUUAGUAUGCAAACAACCUUGGCAAAAUUGAUGAUGCUCAUGUGAACUUUGUGAUGUCACAGUGUGUUUCUUUUCGUGAUGUAAUGGAGGAAUAUAUCAUCGUAGCUGAUGUCAUGAUUUGUCAUUGUCACGCGGUCCACAGACUCUGAGGCACUGGUUCGCAAACUCACCAAGACAGGAUGUUCAUGGCUGUUUGUCAG